AAAAACAUUAGAUUUUUGGUUGGGGAUGGCCCAUGUACUGCAGGUGAGUUUAUUUGUCUGGACAUGGCCAGUGAAAUGAAUUACAUACUUUUUUUUUUGGGGAGGGGGGGGGGGUUAAAUAAAUUCUUUUGUUAUUUUCUUCUUGGUUUUAAAAUAGAUUCUUUUUUUAUUCAUAAUUUUUUUUUAAAAAUAUAUUCUUUUUAUUUUUCACUGUUUUUUUUUUUUUUUUGGGGGGGGGUUGUGGUGUUAAAUAUAUUCUUUUGUUAUUUUCUUCUUGGUUUUAAAAUAGAUUCUUUUUUUAUUCAUAAUUUUUUUUUAAAAAUAUAUUCUUUUUAUUUUCUACUGUUUUCUUUUUAAAUAUAUUUUCUAUUUUUUCUUAUUUUUUUUUUUUAGUUUUGGGUGUGGUGAGUUGGGUUAAAUAAAUUCUUUUGUUAUUUUCUUCUUGGUUUUAAAAUAGAUUCUUUUUUUAUUCAUAAUUUUUUUUUAAAAAUAUAUUCUUUUUAUUUUCUACUGUUUUCUUUUUAAAUAUAUUUUCUAUUUUUUCUUUUUAAAUAUAUGCUAUUAUUUUUAAACAAAAUUUUUUUUGCUAAUAAUUAAUCCAUCACAGUUAUUAACUCAUACCUUUUGUACUAAUCUCUGGCACAAAGAAGAUAUUUUUCAGGUCCAGUGCCCUCAAGCAGAAACAGUGGUCUACUUAUGCUUGGAGAAUAUUUUAUCAUUAAUAUGAUUGGAAAAUAUUUUAUCAUUAAGAUGCUUGGACGACAUUUUAUCAUUAAGAUGAUUUGGAGGACAUUUUAUCAUUAAUAUGAUUGGAGAAUAUUUUAUCAUUAAGAUGCUUGGACGACAUUUUAUCAUUAAGAUGAUUUGGAGGACAUUUUAUCAUUAAGAUGCUUGGAGGACAUUUUAUCAUUAAGAUGAUUUGGAGGACAUUUUAUCAUUAAGAUGAUUUGGAGGACAUUUUAUCAUUAAGAUGAUUUGGAGGACAUUUUAUCAUUAAUAUGAUUGGAGAAUAUUUUAUCAUUAAGAUGCUUGGACGACAUUUUAUCAUUAAGUUGAUUUGGAGGACAUUUUAUCAUUAAGAUGAUUUGGAGGACAUUUUAUCAUUAAUAUGAUUGGAGAAUAUUUUAUCAUUAAGAUGCUUGGACGACAUUUUAUCAUUAAGUUGAUUUGGAGGACAUUUUAUCAUUAAGAUGAUUUAAAGGACAUUUUAUCAUGAAGAUGAUUUGGAGGACAUUUUAUCAUUAAUAUGAUUGGAGAAUAUUUUAUCAUUAAGAUGCUUGGACGACAUUUUAUCAUUAAGAUGAUUUGGAGGACAUUUUAUCAUUAAGAUGAUUUGGAGGACAUUUUAUCAUUAAGAUGAUUGGAGAAUAUUUUAUCAUUAAGCGCAAGUGGCAGUGUAGAUAAAGCAAGUGGGUGCCAGGAAAUAACAGCAACAAAAAAAAACACAGUGCCAUUUACUUUUUUAUCACCCUAAGUUUACUUUUUAACUGCUAACACAAAAGUUGUGUGUGUGACCCCUGCCCCCCAACAGCAACACAAAAAUGUGAAGAUACAAGAUAAAUGUUUGUUUUUAUUAAUUUUAUUUACAGAUCAGUCCAACGAGACUUAUCAAGAUCACAGCCACAGUCCUGAUGAAUGCAUACGUGGCCACCUUCUCUUCCAGUUCCAGCGAUACUUCUACCGAAAUCAGCCCGGAAUUUUUGCCUUUGCUGGAGAAUCUCAGAAAUGUCCUCUGCCGCAUCAGCGAGAUGAAAGUGGCUGUAAUUCUGGGCCAUGACAUGUUGACAAAGUUUAAAAGUGGUAUGUGGUGGCUAAGACGCAAAAAUUUCAUUUGUUUUUAUUUUUCUUGUUCUUCUUUUUCUUUUUUUAAAUUAUUAUAUUGCUUUUUAUUAAUUUUCAGUUGGAGAAAAGAAGUUGGCCAUACAGAAAUUUACUCAUUUUGUCGAGCUCUGGCAUGACUCUACCGAUGAU